AUGGCAUCUUCUGCUCCUUCAUCUUCUGGCGCGAGUCAAGACUCCAAUUCAACAAAUUUACGGCCGGCGGAUAGAAGCACAACCUAUGACACUUGGUGUGGAGUUGCUCACGGAUGUACAAGAAAACUUGGUCUGAAGAUCUGCGGUUUUUUGCAACGGUCCAACAGCAUCGAGGAUAAAAGCAGGAACGUAAAUUCAAUGAAAGAUCGUCAGUCCUCCAGGAAUCUGAAUACCAGCGAAAAUAGCGAAAGGGUCUCAAUAUUCAGGCGCACGGAGACUGAUUUCUCCAAUCUCUACGCCAGAGACUUGUUACCGGCGAAAAAUGGAGAAGAGCAGACCACACAAUUCCUUUUGGAAGUGGUCGACAUUCUCCUAAAUUACAUCAAGAAAACUUUCGAUAGGUCCACAAAAGUACUGGACUUCCAUCACCCCCAUCAGCUCUUGGAGGGAAUAGAAGGUUUCAACCUGGAGCUUUCAGACAAUCCUGAAUCUCUUGAGCAGAUUUUGGUGGACUGCAGGGACACACUCAAAUAUGGCGUUCGCACAGGGCAUCCUCGCUUCUUCAACCAACUCUCAUCUGGUCUUGACAUUAUCGGUUUGGCUGGAGAGUGGCUCACGUCUACAGCUAACACUAACAUGUUUACAUAUGAAAUAGCACCUGUUUUUGUCCUCAUGGAACAAAUCACACUGAAGAAAAUGCGAGAGAUAAUUGGUUGGCCCAAUGGGGAUGGUGAUGGAAUCUUUUCACCUGGAGGGGCUAUAUCAAAUAUGUAUAGUAUAAUGGCAGCUCGCUACAAGUAUUUCCCAGAUGUUAAAGCCAAAGGGAUGAUAGCAGCUCCUAAACUGAUUCUGUUCACAUCAGAAAAUAGUCAUUAUUCAAUAAAGAAGGCUGGAGCUGCCCUUGGAUUUGGAACAGACAAUGUGAUAUUAUUAAAAUGUGAUGAAAGAGGGAAAGUAAUGCCAUCAGAUUUAGAAGCAAAAAUUAUUGAAGUUAAACAAAAGGGUUAUAUUCCAAUUUAUGUUAAUGCAACUGCAGGAAAUACAGUAUAUGGUGCAUUUGACCCCAUUGAAGAAAUUGCCGAUAUAUGUGCUAAGUAUAAUCUCUGGCUCCAUGUUGAUGCUGCAUGGGGAGGUGGACUUCUGAUGUCUAGAAAGCAUCGCCAUAAACUGAAUGGUAUUGAAAGGGCCAAUUCAGUCACUUGGAAUCCUCACAAGAUGAUGGGAGUUUUGUUGCAGUGUUCAGCAAUUCUUGUCCGAGAAAAGGGUAUUCUCCAAGGCUGCAAUCAGAUGUGUGCAGGCUACUUGUUCCAGCAAGAUAAGCAGUACGAUGUUUCCUACGACACAGGAGAUAAGGCAAUACAGUGUGGCCGUCACGUGGACAUUUUCAAGUUUUGGUUGAUGUGGAAGGCGAAGGGCACAGUAGGAUUUGAAAACCAAAUUAACAAGUGCCUGGACCUGGCAAUGUACUUCUACAACAAAAUUAGAAAGAGGGAUGGAUAUCAAAUGGUAUUCGAUGCAGAACCGGAGCACACUAAUGUUUGUUUCUGGUACAUUCCACCAAGUUUCCGAAAUAUGCCAGACUGUGAGGAGAGAAAGGAAAAACUUGGCAAGAUUGCACCAAAAAUAAAGGCACAGAUGAUGGAAUGUGGCACUACAAUGGUUGGAUAUCAGCCUCAAGGAGAUAAAGCUAACUUCUUUCGCAUGGUCAUCUCAAACCCAGCUGCAACAAAAUCAGACAUUGACUUCCUCAUUGAUGAGAUAGAACGACUGGGGCAGGAUUUGUAA